AUCACUCAUCGUCGAAGAAAAAGUCCAAAUUGAUCGCAAUAAUCGCACAAUCUUCUUUCAUCGCCAUCUCGUGAGCCUCGUGAUGUGCUGCAACGAUGCCGUGCGUAAAUUGUUCCAAGGAAUUCACGCUGUUUCGUAGGAAAAAACCGUGCUGCGAGUGCUGUCGAAACUUUUGUAUCAAUUGCCUUGUGAAGAAAAGCGAGAAAAGUCUGUGCGAAAAGUGCGUCGUGUUGACGGCUCGUCCCAUCUCGCGCAUCGACUUGCAAAAAUUGAAGCCCAAAGACCUCAUCUACUACCUGCAGUCCAAACAAAUUUCCACAGCGGGCGUAAUUGAAAAAGAAGAACUCAUCAGUUUAGUGGUUGCGCACGCAAAUAACGCGAAUGGAAGUCCCCCGAAUCGCAACGGGAGCGCCAGAAGUCCCGAAAGUAACCCGUUCGAUCAACUCCGACAAACUUGCACGACACUUUUCACCAAUUUAACGGACAAAAUUACGGCGGAUUUGACAAAAACGGCUUUUCCGUAUGGAUAUGCUCAGCCUGCGCCGCCGCCGCCGUCUCAAUCUACCUCCAAUAACGCAAGAAAUCCGCAAAUUUCGCCACAAUCACAACAACAACAACCUCCAAGGACAUUUCCGACGCCAUCUGCGCCGCCUCCUGAAAUCCCAAAGCCAAGUACGAGCAACGCGGACCUUCCCACAGACGACACUUCAUCCUCGUUCGAAGAAAUUGGCGCCGUUGGGGGUCAAAGCCCGGAUGAUUGGCAAUUUGUCGUGACGCACGAACGUCAGCAGAAGGAAAAACUGACAAAAAUCAAACAUUCCAUCGACCAAAUUGACAAAUUACUCGGCGAAAAGCGCAAAACCCCGCAAAAACGGAUCAAUCGACGUCGUUCGGACAGCGAUAUGCGCUCCGUAGUCGACGACAUUCGCGAUUGCCUGUUUGACGAGGAGAUAAAACGCGUUCGCAAGUCCUGCGACAAGUGCAACGAAGCCAGCGAAGCGAUUCGCCAACGAAUUUCCGAGUUUCGGCAACAACUUGACCUGCCGAGCGUCACGGAAGACCAAAAUCGCGAGAUUUUCGAUGAUUUUUUGCGAUUUUUGGAGCAAAGUAGCAAAGUUUCCAUCCCGCAUACGCCCGAGGAGCAGGAAAUGUGUCAAGAAAUUCGAUCCGCGGCGGAAAUUGAGACACAAACCGAAGAUCAGCCCGUUAUUGACACCGAUCCGCAACCCUCGAGUUCGCGCGAAAUUCAUUCGCCGCUCGAACGAAUCCCCUUCGACCCCAAUCAACGUGUCGAUUUGACGGAUAUCAACUCGCUGGCGGACUUUGACUUGCUUACCGUGAAACAACUCAAGGAAAUUCUCGCGUUAAAUCGCGUCGACUUCAAAGGGUGCUGUGAAAAGAAGGAACUCAAGGAGCGCGUCAUCCGUUUGUGGACAAAUCACACGGCGCUGCCGAAACCGGAUGACCUUCCGCCGGAUGAUUUGUGCAAAAUUUGCAUGGAUGCCCCCAUCGAAUGUGUCCUUCUCGAGUGCGGGCAUCUCGUGGCGUGCGUUAAAUGUUCAAAAGUGCUCAGCGAAUGUCCCAUUUGUCGCGCUUACAUUGUUCGUAUCGUCAGAUUCUUCCGUGUUUGAACUUUUUUUUUUGUUUUUUCUCCCUUUUUUUUAUCGAGUUUGUUCACAAUCAAAAAAAUUUCUUGUUAACUGUUGACAAAAUACGCUUAUGAUGAGAAACGAAAAAUUUCCCCGCAAAAUUUCCUGUUUAGUUGAUUUUUUUGGAGUUUCUAUAGAUAGUUUUUAAAAAUGGAUGAAAAUUCACGUACUUUGUAAUUAGUGGAAAAAGUGAAAUAUAUUCUUAGGGUUACUUUCAAUACUUGAAGAAAAGUAAAAUAAAAUGUAUUAUAAUUAAAAAGUCAUGUAAAUCGUAAUUUAAUGAAUAUAAUAAAAGUGAUUAAUUAAUUAAUUAUU